AUGGCUUCCGAAUUCAGCGAGAUGUUGAUGGUGGGUUGUAGCUGCUGGAGAGGGUUGGGGCUGCUGGAUUUAAGGGCUAGGGGUGGGAGUAGGGCUUGGGUUGCGGCUGGAAGUGAGGGUGGGGUGGAACUUGGGUUUGUGAGAAAGGAAGAGAGAGCAGCAGUUGUGGUAAUUGUGGUGAUGGCGACUGUGAAGGGAUAA